UGGACUGUCCUGAUGCAAAACCAAGACAUAAAUCAUGUCUCCUGGAAGGGGGAGGACGUAUCACAGGCAGAGCACAGCGAGCUGAAAUCUCUGAAACCGACUGGCCUUCACUUCCUACGAGACAGAGAAGCUCUUCUACCCCUGUAUACGGGAGGAAACAGGACUGGACAACCGUGAAUAGGAAGGUUAACAACAAACCUCCAAAACAACUGAAUGUGAAACUGCAGAACAGAUUUGCUCCACUAUCAAAGGACCCUGCAUCUAUAUCGGACAACCAUCCAUCUAAAAGUAGCGAAGUAAGGUCUGAAAAUCUGUUGAAAAGUAAAAGGCCACAGGGAAAGCUAAAGGCUAGGCCUGAAACUCUAAUUGUGGGUGACUCUGCCGUAAAGGAUGUACAAAGGAUGUGCAGUAAGAACACUAAAGUCCUCUGCUUUCCUAAGGAUAUGGUCAACAACCUGAAGGAGAGAAUUCUUCAGAUUGCAGAUGAAUAUCCAACUGUGACAAAUAUUGUUCUGCACACAGGGUCAAACGAUGUGUCCAAACAACAAUCGGAGGUUCUGAAACGGGACUUUACUGGAUUAUUAAAUACUGUAAACUCUCUGAAUGCAGCUGUAUUCAUCAGUGGGCCUGUACCGCCCGUCAGAGGAGGAGACGAGAGAUUCAGCAGAUUGUUUGCACUGAAUAAAUGGCUUAUAUCAGCAUGUACUGACCACUCAGUGCAUUUUAUCAACAACUUUAAUAUUUUUGGGGAACGCAGGGAUCUGUUUAAAGCAAAUGGAUUUAAUUUUAACAAGUCAGGGGUGAAACUGUUCACCUCCAACCUGUUUUAUUCCAUACGUCAUCCAUCUGUGCUUGGUGCCAAAGCUGAGAUAAACGAGGAGUUAUCUCAUAAAGAGGAACAAACAGUACUCCAAGAACAAACAAAGCCCAGCAGAAACCUUGAGGAGGAGCUCCAUCUGCCCCCACCCGGGAAGAGCCUCAGAAAGGAGAGACAUCUGAGGCAAGAAGAGGGGUCCCUAUUUGCCUCCAACUCUCUCAACAACACCAACGACCAGGACCAGGGACCACGACCUUCCCCAGUCCCCCAAACCCCUGACAGGCCAUCACCCUCCUCCCCCUCCCUUUCUCCCUCCUCCCCACACCUGAAAUUCACUGAGGAGAUGAUGGAGCGGGUCAAUGCUGGGCUCAGAUCUACCCCAAAUAAUACCUCUAAAACACUUAAACUCUAA